AAAACAAUCAAAACCUAAUUUCUGAUCAUCACUAUGACUCUGAAAAAGCUUCACGUAGCCAUAAUCUCUAGCCCCGGCAUCGGCCAUUUAUUCCCGGCACUGUUAUUUGGCCACCGCCUUGUCAAUCACCACAACCUCCGUGUUACCAUCCUCGCCGUCACCACCAACACCUCACCGGCAGAAUCCAAACUCUUCAAUCCCUUCACCUCCAACCUCCACCUUUCUGUCAUCCCGAUCCCCGCUGCAGACAUCUCCUCCGUUGUCGCUCCCGACGCCAAAGUCUUAACACGCAUUUGCGUCAUGAUGAAGGAAACCGUACCCGCCAUCCGCACCACCAUAUCCUCCAUGGACCCUCUUCCAGAUGUCCUCGUUGGCGAUAUUUUCGGGGCGGAAACUUGGGUGAUCGCCAAAGAAUUCAGGAUGCCAAAGUACGUGUUCAUCACUGGCAACGCAUGGUUUACUGCACUAUUCGCGUAUUCUCCGGUGUUGGAUAAGGAAGUUGUGGGUCAAUUUAUUGAUCAGGUUGAGCCGAUUGAGAUACCCGGUUGCAAACCGAUCCUACCGGAGGAACUUGUGGAUCCCAUGCUAGACCGGGACGAAGAAUCGUAUCAAGUUCACGUAGACCAAUCGAUCCUUGUGACGUUGGCAGAUGGCAUGCUAAUAAACACAUGGGAAGGACUGGAGCCUCAAACUCUCCAUGCUCUUAGAGAUAACGAUAUCAUGCGGUCUAUGUUAAAGAAUAAACCGGUUUACACCGUUGGUCCGAUACACAAAAAGUACGAACCAACCGGUUUGAAGGGUGAGGUGGUUGAGUGGCUCGAUAAACAACCGGCUAACUCCGUUUUAUACGUGUCGUUUGGAAGUGGGGGAACGAUAUCAGCUGAGCAAAUUACAGAACUGGCUUGGGGAUUGGAGCUGAGCAAACAAAGAUUUGUUUGGGUGGUGAAGUCGCCUAACAAGCAUUGUGUGGACGGGUCUUUCCUGAACGCCGGUCAACCGAGUGGUCCAGUCGACUUCUUCCCACUAGGGUUUUUGACCCGAACCCAAAACGUUGGUUUGGUGGUAACAUGUUGGGCUCCACAGGUGGAGAUUCUAAACCACAUAUCAGUGGGAGGCUUUUUAACGCAUUGCGGAUGGAAUUCAACGAUAGAAAGCAUUGCAAGUGGGGUACCCAUGAUAGCAUGGCCAUUGUAUGCGGAGCAGAAGAUGAAUGCCACCAUGUUGACGGAGGAGCUGAAGGUGGCGGUUCGGCCAGAGGUUUUGCCGACAAAGAAAGUGGUGGGAAGGGAGGAGGUAGAGAAGAUGGUGAGGGGUCUGAUGGAGGGCGAGGAAGGAAAAGCAAUGAGAGAGAAAGUAAAGGCUUUGAAAGUAGGUGCAGAGGAAGCUACGAGCAUGAAUGGUUCAUCUUACAUUUCAACAUGUAAAUUUGUCCAAGAUUGUGUGUCACAGAUUGAUCAAUACUCAAUUUAA